AUGGGUCGAAACAGGGAGGCAUGCAGCUUACCGAGACACCCAACGCCAGCAGCCCAGGUAGGCUAUACAUCUACCCACACGGGGACAUCCCCAGCCAAGACAGGGUCGGCUCACACCGCAGCAAACGGACGACCUAGGGCAGCGGCAAAAAGUGUGCAGCACACCAGCCCCGAUAUGCCUCCACACCCAACAGGAGAAGACAGAAAAAGCAUCGCCUGUUGUAUGACUCUAGAUUUCAACCUGCAUCAGGGUUUCUCCAUCACAAGAUGCAAUGUCCCCGAAGAGGAAGGAGAGGAAGAAGAAGAAGAAGACGACAAAGACGACGACGACAAAGAAGAAAAAGAAGAAGAAGAAGACGGCCACCACCAUCACAGUGACUCUGACGAGGGCGACGAAUGCAAAUCCGAAAAAGACUGCAGCAACGACAACGACGAAGGAGAAGACGAUGACGACGACCAAGACGCCGACGACCGAGAAAAACAAUAA